CAACUUGGAUGGCUAUAGUUAACAAGUUAAUCUUGCCUGAGGGACCCAGUGGCAGCAGCAGUCUCUGCUUUUUGCUAAUGGUUGCUCUCUAUUUCAGUACCUCGUAGUCACCAGGCAAGCAAGCACCAGAGUUUGACUCAUAAGCAUGCAGCUCCAUAGGUCAAUAAGCUGUAAUUGAUGAAGCAGAAGUGUGUGCGCUGGGGUGUGGUGGAAGAGCAGAUAAGGCAUCCUGCUACAGCUUCAGAGGCCUGAAUUCAGCCCCUCUUUGGAUUCAUGCAGAAGGCUGUCCCCAGCUAACCCAACUGAUGAUUAUUGCACCGAUUCUGCCACAUGCUGGGAACUGGUAGACUGCUGCAUAGAGUGCCCUUGAUUGAGAGCUUCGAACAUGGGAGGCAAACUUAGCAAGAAGAAGAAGGGGUACAGUGUGAAUGAUGAAAAAGCUAAAGAAAAAGACAAGAAGGCUGAGGGAGCUGUUACUGAGGAAGAAGGGACUCCAAAAGAGAGUGAGGAUGCCCAGCAAACCACAGAAACCACAGAAGUAAAGGAAAACAACAAAGAGGAGAAGAGUGAUAAAGAUUCCCAGGUCACUGCCAAUAAGAGAGAAGAAAAAGAAGGAGAAAAAGAGAAAGCAGCGAGCCAGGAAGAAAUAAAAAAACCUGAACCGGAGAAGUCUGAGGCCUCUGUUGAUGCAAAAGCAGAACCACAGAACAAUGAACAACAGGCACCCAAGCAAGAGGAGCAGACUUCAGCUGCUGCUCCUGCUGCCAGUAUCGAAGCAUCUAAAACUUCUGAGUCCAGCAAUGAUGCAAAAGUUUCCCAGCCUUCAGAAGCCACAGCCACUAGUAAAUCAGAUGACAAGAGCAAAGAGGAAGGGGAAGCCAAAAAGACUGAGGCUCCCACAGCACCUGCAACUCAAGAAACUAAAAGUGAAGUGGCCCCAGCUUCAGACUCAAAACCUAGCAGCAGCGAAGCUGCACCUUCUUCCAAGGAGACCCAGGCAGCAAUAGAGGCAUCUAGUUCUACUCCUAAGGCCUCAGAGCCUGCAGCCCCACCAGAGGAAGAUAAACCUUCUGAAGUUCCAGCGACUAAUUCGGAUCAAACCAUAGCAGUGCAAGAUUAAAUUGGACAGCCUGUUGAAAACGACCACUUAAAACAACCUGUGUCUUUUGUUUUUUAUUUUUCAGCUAUACUAACUUGUUUCAGAUCUGAAAUAACAAUAUGUAUUGCCCAGAAAAUAAAAAGGAUGUCCCAUCAAGUUGGGAGGGAGGGAGGGGGAGAAUCCAAAUAGUAUUUUUGUGGGGAAAUAUCUAAUAUACUUUCUGCCAACUUGACAAGUCAGUCUUGGAUUUAAAAUAAAAAAUGGAUGUCUGAAAGUACAGCACCUCUUUUGUAUCUGAACAGCUGUAAAUGCAUUCUACCAAUGUAUUGAAAUCUUUUUUUGUUCUGUAAUGGGGUUUGGGAGUGAUGUGUUUUGAUUCUACCCACUGGGUUUGUGCCAAGGCAAUCAGAUCUUUAUGAAAGCAGUAUUUUCUGUGGUUUUUUUUAUUUACAGCCUUUCUUAUUUUGAUAUUUUUUUUAAUGCAGUGGAUGAAUGCCAACUUUCAGACAAAACCCACUUAGCUGUCCACAUUUUUCUCAAUGCCAAUCCUCCGAUUCUUCUUCCUCUCCAAACAUUUUUGGGAGUAAAAAGCAUUCUCAUCCUACUUAGCCUACCUAGAUUUCUCAUGACGAGUUAAUGCAUGUCUGUGGUUGGGUGCACCUGUAGUUCUGUUUAUUGGUCAGUGGAAAUGAAAAAGUCUGCGUUCAUUGCAGUUCCAGUUUCUCUUCCAUUCUGUGUCACAGACACUAACACACCACUCAUUGGAAAACAAAUGAAAAGCAAAAUGUACAAUGGAUGCAUUGAAAUUAUAUGUAAUUGUAUAAAUGGUGCAACAGUAAUAAAAGUUAAAUAAUUUAAAAAAUA